GACCCGAAUUCUAUUCCCACUCACGGCUAACAUCGGUGACGAAUAUCUGAACUGCUCCUGGACCUCCCCUCAGUCGACUUUGCCUUAAAUAAGUUCCUGGUGUAUGAUAACAUCAGCACCGGGAAGACAAAGGCGGCUGGGGCAUGGUGCUGGCCACCCACCCCUGAAUGUGCCGUGCUGACCGUCGGAGGUGUUCGCUAACAGCAUUUGCCCCAACAGUCUGUUAAGGCUACAUGGGGGAUCUUUGUUUUUGUGUAGUUCAGUGGUCAGCCCUUGCUAUGAAAUUGACAACUUGAGUUUGAUUCCCCACCAUGGACACUGUCAUUGGAAAGUCGUAUCUGAACAUGUCCUGAGCCCUCCGUAGGUCUACACAGUUGAAAUCACUACUUGGUGUUACGUGCAAACAUCAGCACUGGGGAGACGAAGAUUGUGAGGUGUGGUGCUGGCCACAUCACCUCCUCGCGUUCUGUACCAGCCUCAAUAUGACUUCUGUGCCAAUCCGGCCAAAACAGAAUUUGCCUCCAUAGUCUGCAAGGAUGUCGAGAGGUUGUUGUCUUUUGUGUGCAUGGAGUGUGGGUCAUACUGGAAAUACAGCUUCCUUUCCUGGGAAUGAACAACGCUAGUGGGAAGUCGUGUACCCAUUAGGCUUGCAACAAAUCACCAACUUUCUUCCAAAGCGAUUGAAUUAAUUGUCACAACACAAUUCAAUCAUCGGCCAUCCAAUGUGCAUCGUUUUUUUAUUAAUCUGUCUUGUAUGUACAUUUUUGUUUAUCUGUGAGUCUAAAUUAAAUAAUUUCCUACAAUGUGCAUGAAUAACAAAUCAUUGAUUCUCACGAGCACGAUACUAUUUAUGCGUUAUGAGCUUAAUGAUUGCUUUAAUCUAUGAAUGAAUACAUUGUUACAUGCCGAUAUGCCUAGGCAUUUAUUUAUGCCCAAACUAUCGCCAUAACUGUCAAGGCAUAGUGAGGCCUUAAUCUAAAAGUAUAUUGACAUUAUUAAAUUACAUCUACCAUAUAAAAACAUAUUUUUGCAAGCUGUUUUACUUGACUACUCAACCUAUUUGCCAUUAAAAAAUAAAUCCAUGGAAAAGCAGUAAAUGCUAACUUAAGAUCUUUUUGAGGCUGAGACUGGGACUCAAAAGUCUCUGUUUUGAGUGUAAAAGUAAUAGAUCGCUUGAGAUGCACAUUACGUGUGACGCGCUAAUCUGCUGCCUGUAUUUGAAGACAUGCCUCUCUUCCCGCAUCACACAAAAGACCAAGGUGGUGUGGAGGGUUUGUUUUGCAUCCUGAUAUUCCAACAUCUCUACUCUGGUAAGAGUAAGAUGUGCUCCAGUGAUUAGAAAAGGUCGGCGCCUAACACGACAGUUUAAUUUGGAAUCGCUCAUGAGUAGGCCUAAAAUCAUGUUGUGGUUUCACCUAAAAUCACAAAACCAGCAUCAUUCAGUUCCUGACAAAAUAUAGAUUUGGAAUGAAAAUGUAGAGUAAUACAAUUGAUUUAGUUUUCAUGACAUUCUAGUGUAAUUGUUUUGUUUUAGGUAUGUCAAAUCGAAUUGAAUAAUAACAGACCAUAAACAAAUUGAUGCAAAACAAGUCACGUUGUUAUAAAUAGGUUUUUUGUUUGGCUGCAAUCGUGUUAUGGAAUGGCACGACGAAGAAUAUCAAUCCGAUAAAUGAAUCGAAUGAAUGCUUUUCAGCAAAAUGGGUAAGUUUGACCGGUGCGGAUGUUUUUUUUGGUAUAUUUACACAAAUGACCUUGUUUUAGUUACUUUAGGUGAGCCGGUUCUUGCACAGGUUGCACACAACGAUGUUUCACCCACAGCUGCCCGCUGAUUUGGCCACUCUCAAUGAUGCAGGCUCCGAUCUGCUGCGACAAUUGAGAGCGCACGAUCGUCCAGACGAUUGUCACGCGUGUAUCCAGCCCUGAUGAAUGACACACGUGACAAGUUCGCCAAGCUGCGUGACAGACUCGGUCCAGUUUUUUAGCAUCGAGUUUCAAUUUUGACAGAGAUGCGGAAAGGGACGGGGUAGGAUGCGGGUGAAACAGGAAAUCGGUCUGUGCGGAACACCGGUGGGAAUUAUGCUGGAGAUAAACGAGCGCGUCAACGUUCACUUUCGAUUGAAGGCGCUGCUCCAUAUUGUACUGCUGCGAUCAACAAUCAUGAGGGAGUGGCAGCCAAUGGAAUGCGUCCAAGAAUCGCGUCCAUCGAGGAGAUGGAGCGAUGAAAUUGGCUCGCGUGCGGGUCCGAGGUGAUCUAUGCCGCAGGAUAGGUGAGAAACGGUGACAGUGUUGGGGCAAUGCCUUCAUCCAGCAGUGGAUCAAUCGUGGCUGACGACGACGAUGGAAUGCUCUGAGUGUGGAAGUCACACACUCAGUAUUGUGCUCAUUUGACAUCGCCGAGACAGCGGUGCUUUGCCAGGCGGCCUUUAGCGUGGCCCGCGUGCGGUCACGCUCCCCAGUUUCUGCCUUUCCCUACCCGGCACAUUCGGCCGCACCCCCCAGAGCCGCACAACGUCUCCCGUUCCCCGGGCCACAUCCCCCUGCAGCUGCAUCCCCCACACUACUCCGUCCCUCGCCAACCAACCCCUCCCCCUACCAACCCCCAUCCCUCUUCGCUUGACGAUAAUCAGCGGCGGCAGAUGGGGAGGGGAUUCAGAUUCAUGGGUUGCCUCGUAUUCAUACGCUCUGAUAAUACGGAGCCCGCGGAUGCUGCUCUCUGUAGCCCGUUACAUUAAUCUGCAGCUGGGAAGGCAGGAAGACAGCGACGGGGAGGGAGGGAGGAGAGACAGACGCGGGGGUGGGGGGGGGGGGACCCUCCCCCCUACACCCUUUCCAAAAAACCAGAAAGCAGCCAGCCUGUAGCUCCACACGAAGGAGGAUCGAUUGCCCCAGUUGUGCCUCCUCCACACUGGGUCCGAUCUCCACCUCUCGGGUGCAUCGAGCAGAGGGCGUGAAUGGGGGACCAGCGUCGUACGUAGGCUACUGCCCCUUGCCGGACCCCCGCUGGAUUGUGUUUCGCUUUGCGCUCCUCGGCUUCCUGGGAAUGGUAUUUUCCGAAAUGAAUCGCGGGACUUCUCCCAUCAAGAUCCACCUGCCCAACGGGACAUGCUUUUUCACGUACCAGGAGUUCGCGGCGCUGACGAAAGAGCUGAACGCGUGCCGGGAGCAGCUGCUGGAGCGCGAGGAGGAGAUUGCGGAGCUCAAAGCCGAGCGCAACAACACACGGCUCCUACUGGAGCACCUGGAGUGCCUGGUGUCUCGCCACGAGCGCUCGCUCCGCAUGACGGUGGUGAAGCGGCAGGCGCAAUCUCCGGCGGGCGUCUCCAGCGAGGUGGAGGUGCUCAAGGCCCUCAAGUCACUCUUUGAGCACCACAAGGCUCUCGAUGAGAAGGUGCGGGAAAGGCUGCGGGUGGCUCUGGAGAGAGUGGCAGCCCUGGAGGAGGAGCUGCAGGCCACCAGUCAGGAGCUCAUGCUGCUGCGAGAGCAGGCGGCUCAUGCCCAGCGCAGGGCCGGGGACGGCUCCGAGGACGCCACGGAGAUGGAGACUCCGCCAACGCAGAACUCCGCAGAGCUGCGACCCCUCACCUCGCACGCAAAGGCUCGGGUGACCAAUGGCACCGGUCUGCGGGACAUCGAGGGGCCCGGGCGGCUGCUGGAGCUGCAGGAUUUGCUGGACAAGCGGAGCAUGGAGGUGGCGCAGAUGAAGGAGCGCCUGGGCACGCUGUCGGCGCGCGUCGGAGAGCUGGAGGACGACGUGGACACGGCGAGGAGGGACCUCAUCAAGUCCGAGGAGAUGAACACCAAGUACCAGCGCGACAUCAGGGAGGCAAUGGCCCAGAAGGAUGACAUGGAGGAGCGAAUCACCACGCUCGAGAAGCGUUACCUGGGGGCCCAGAGAGAGGCUACGUCGCUACAUGACCUCAACGACAAGCUGGAGAAUGAGCUGGCCAACACCGAGGACCUACUCAAGCAGAGCGAGGACAAGACGCGGCAGCUGCAGGAGAGGCUGGAGCUCGCCGAGCAGAAGCUCCAGCAGACGAUGCGCAAGGCCGAGACCCUGCCCGAGGUGGAGGCCGAGCUCGCGCAGCGUGUGGCCGCGCUCACCAAGUACGAUCCCUCUUCACCCGAUGACUCCACUAUUCUGGAAGUUAAACUGCAAGACAUGAGCAUCUUGCUUAGGAAGGCGGAGGAGCGGCACGGGGACAUCGAGGAACGUCUACGGCAACUGGAGACCCAGUUGGAGGAGAAGAAUCAGGAGGUGUUGAGAGCGAGGCAGCGAGAGAAGAUGAACGAGGAGCACAACAAGCGACUCUCGGACACGGUAGACAAGCUUCUGUCCGAGUCCAACGAGCGUCUGCAGCUGCACCUCAAGGAGAGGAUGUCAUCGCUGGAGGAGAAGAAUGCACUUACCCAUGAACUUGAUAAUACAAGAAAACAGUUGGAAGAGGCCCACAUGGAUAAGGAGCGUAUGGCGGACGAAGUGGAAAAGGUUCGUCUGGAGAUGGAGCAGUGGAGGCUUAAAACGAGCUCCAUGGUCGACCCGGUCAUUCCACGGUCACACCUUGGUAGCACAUCAGAUAUUCGCUACUCACUGGGCUCAUCAGUUAUUCUGGAGGCACCAGGAGACCCCUUUGGAAGCUCAGCGGUGCUGCGCCGCCAGAAGGGACGCCUGUCAGCACUCCGAGAUGAACCGGGCAAGGUACAAACGCUGAAUGAGCAGGAGUGGCAGCGUAUGCAGCAAGCGGGCGUGCUGGCCAGCGUCGCCCAGGCCUUCGAGAGCGAGACGGAGGCGUCCGACCAGGAAGACGACCGCGAGACAAUCUUUAGCUCGGCCGACCUCCUGUCGCCCAGCGGCCACUCGGAUGCGCAGACGCUCGCUCUCAUGCUGCAGGAGCAGCUCGACGCGAUCAACAACGAGAUCAGGCUGAUCCAGGAGGAGAAGGAGUCGACGGAGCAGCGCGCGGAGGAGAUCGAGUCACGUGUGGGCAGCGGGAGUCUCGACAGCCUCAGCCUGGCGCGGCUCCGCAGCAGCGCGACGGGGGCGGCGGGGGGGACGUCACUGCCCGUGUCGCUCACGGGGUCGUCGCUCGCCAGCUCUUCGCCGCCCGUCAGUGGCCGCUCCACGCCCAAGUUCACGCCGCGCAGCCCCGCGCGCGACGCAGACCGCGCGGGCGCCGGCGCCGGCGCCACCCUGCCGGCCGGCUCGCGGGACGAAGCGCGGGAGGACAAAGCCACGAUAAAGUGCGAGACGUCUCCGCCGCAGACGCCGCGGUCUGGCCGCCUCGACCGCGUGUCACAAGCCCUGCACUCGGCCAGCCAAGAGGACAUCCGAGGGUCGUCUGGCUUACAGGACGGAGCCAGCAACCCAAGCUCCAGCAACAGCAGCCAGGACUCCCUGCACAAGGCUAAAAAGAAGGGCAUUAAGUCGUCCUUUGGCCGCUUGUUUGGAAAAAAAGAAAAAGGGCGACCUCUCACACCCAGCAAGGAGCUGGCCUCACCUGGACAAGGCGACUGGGGUUCGGCUGAAGGCGAGGGAGGCUCUCCGGAGGGCGUUGGCCUCGCAAAGUUGGGCACCCAAGCGGAACGGGACCGGAGACUCAAGAAAAAGCAUGAGUUGCUGGAGGAGGCCCGGAGACAAGGCCUGCCCUUUGCCCUCUGGGAUGGGCAGACUGUUGUAGCGUGGCUGGAGCUGUGGGUGGGCAUGCCGGCGUGGUACGUGGCCGCGUGCCGCGCCAACGUCAAGAGCGGCGCCAUCAUGUCGGCGCUGUCGGACACCGAGAUCCAGCGCGAGAUCGGCAUCUCGAACCCGCUGCACCGGCUCAAGCUGCGCCUCGCCAUCCAGGAGAUGGUGUCGCUCACCAGCCCCUCGGCGCCACCCACCUCCCGCACGACCACAGGCAAUGUGUGGAUGACUCACGAGGAGAUAGAGACGCUGGCGGCGGCCGCACGAGCGGAGGAUGAGGAGGGCAGCUGGGCACAGGCAUGCCUCUUCGCCCAGACGCUGGCGUACGGAGACAUGAACCACGAGUGGAUCGGCAACGAGUGGCUGCCCAGCCUGGGCCUGCCGCAGUACCGCAGCUACUUCAUGGAGUGCCUGGUGGACGCCCGCAUGCUCGACCACCUCACCAAGAAGGACCUGCGGGGCCAGCUCAAGAUGGUCGACAGCUUCCACCGGACAAGUCUGCAGUACGGCAUCAUGUGCCUCAAGAGAUUAAAUUACGAUCGGAAAGAUCUGGAAAGGAAACGGGAAGAGAGUCAACACGAGAUGAAAGACGUGAUGGUGUGGAGCAACGAGCGCGUCAUCCGUUGGAUCCAGUCGAUCGGCCUGCGCGACUACGCCAACAGCCUGGUGGAGAGCGGCGUGCACGGGGCGCUCAUCGCCCUCGACGACACUUUCGACCACAUCGCCCUGGCCCUCUCGCUGCAGAUCCCCACGCAGAACACGCAGGCUCGGCAAGUGCUGGAGAGGGAGUUUAAUAAUCUCCUGGCCCUGGGCACCGAGCGUCGGCUGGAAGAGGACGCCCUCUUUCAGAACGAAGACAAGAAUUUCCAGCGCGGCCCGUCCUGGCGGAAGCGCUUCCACCCACAGGAGGCGUCGGGCGUGGGCGUGAUGGUGCCCGGCUCGGCCGAGACGCUGCCCGCUGGCUUUCGCGUCAACGCCACGGCCGCAGCGUCCCCCACCGCCCUGCCCAAGAAAGCGCAUCCAGACGGUGCAACGGCGGGGACGCAGCGGGCUGACCCAUCCUCGGUCGUGCGGACGUACUCGUGCUGAUACCCGACACGUGCCACGGUCCCUCACGCCAUCCAAUGAGCGCCCGUUACCACCGCUGAUUGUGGAGUUCCACUUGACGACAGCGGUCGGUGACCUGGCAUCACCGCCAUGAAGCAGGGCCUUGCCAAGUCAAAGACAUCCCUCUAUGCCCCCUGAGAGGACCUCUCACGCGGCAUGGACCAAGCGCGCUCCUUGUACAAUUUUUUGAAAGAUCAAUUGUCUUUCAUUUUGUAAUUUCUCUUCAUAUUUAUAUUGCCAUCGAUCCAAACCUUACGAUGACUGUAUUGUGUAAAAUUCUUCACUUUCGGUAAAAAGAACCUUUUACUGUCUGCUCUUGCAUAUCAUGUACACAAUGACAUUAAUCUGCUUGGAAAUUUAUUUAUCGUUUUACGUUAUUUUUUUGCUGGCGACGGCUUCCUUUUUUCGUGCUGUUCUGCAGGUUGUGUACGAUACUGAUGUAUGUAUAUGUACCUAAAAGGUCGAAUUGUGCUUUGGGGAUGUUUUGUAAAUUUAUCGGGAAAAUGUAAUUACCAGGUAAUAUGCAGAUUUUCUUUUUGUAAAGCUGCACAGGUGUGUGUGAGAGAGAGAGAGAAAGAGCGUGAGAGAGAAAGAGCGUGAGGAGAGAGAUGUCGGGAAAUGUCAACAGCACAAAGAGCGUGCUGCACCCUCGCUGCUGCGGUCAAGUUACGCAGCUCCGUUAAGUUUCUUUUUCCCGUGACUUGAAUGGUCACGCGUGUUGGCGGGCGUUUUGAGGGAGCGCGGUCUACUUUAUGAGUGAGGACGGCACUCUUAAAUCUAUACCCGCCCCCCCCCCCGGCACGGCUGUCGGGCUCACUGCAUUCGCCAACCUCAUGCGUAUACGUAUUUUUCUUUUUUUUUGUCGAGAAAUGUCUAUACCUCUCCUGAAAGUGGCUGGCAAGAUUUUGCGAUAUUUACCCACCUCACGUUUGAGUCACUCAUUCACUCGCACACAAAUGUGCUCAUGUUUUUGUUGGUGUUGAGUUCCCUUUCAAAUGGUUCACUGGAUUUCACACUUGCAAAUAUGUGAAUCCCUGUUUUUUUUCUUUCAGUUGACCAAAUGGUGUGUUGCUAUGACUGCUACCAAGGAUUUAUUUUAGAAUCAUUGCUUGUUUGCAUUGUUUGAUUUGAAGCAACAUGUAUUCUCUGGGAAUGCACUCCAACAAUAAGGUGUUUUAAUUAAAUAAAAGUAAUAUAUCUUGUUUUAGGUAUGCUGUUAUCAUACAUCAUACACACCAGCCUGUCUCCUACUUACAAUGUGGAAUCAAAUUUUUCAGGCAUAAGCCAAAUUCGUACACUUUUAAGAUGGGGCAAUGUUUGUCAGUCGGGCGAAUUAGACAACACCAAACCUGGAUUCGGGGCACGUGGAGCUAUAAGCUAAAAUAAAUCCUCACCGCUAAACCUCGUUGGCUGGCUUGGCACAGCUAUACUCCAAUUUUAAUGCAGCCACAGAGAACCAGGUUUUGCCAGCCCAGGAACAGUCCAUUUCUGUCGCCGGAUCGGCACCAGUGUCCGACUCCACGUGGUCACGUUCCCACGAGCCACGAGUCUCUGUGGGCACAUCGCCCACUGCUGCUAUUCCCCCCUAAACCCAUGCCUCCCUCUCCGAUACUCCCCCAUUCUCGAAGGUGGCAGUCUGAAAGUAGUCUUAAAACGUUGGUUUUACACCAAGUUGAAUACAGGCGUCGGUUAGGUUCGGCUGAGUCGGGGAUCGUCAACCUAGCGGCGACGGGGUCGCAUGCGGCCGCGUCGUGACGUUAUUCACGUGCAUUGCGGCUCUUGAAAUAUUGCGGGGUUGUUUUUUUCACCGCACUCGAAAAAAAUGCCUCUUGUUAUUUUGAUUGCUGACUUCCCCUGGGUUCGGCUGAGUGACGUUAAGAGUCCACUGCUUUUGUGUUUUUUUCACCAUGUGCUUUUAAUGUAACCAGGCCUGGCAAGACGAUCACGUGACGUUCACGUUGACCCCACGAUUAUGUCACGCCAGGUUAUGGGGUCGGCCCAGACGAAAGGUUGCGGCACGGGCUGGCAGGGCCUGAUAACCAUGCCCGAAGAUAGGAUGCCAAGCUUUUGCUUUAGGAUUGGCUCGGUUAAGGAGGGACUGCCAUGGGAAUUGCGAUGCAGAGAUCCAGGCCGGUUCCCACUGACCAUCGACACGAGGAAUGAGAUCUCUUGAGGAAGCAGGAAGAAGGUAAAUGUGGCUGCAGGGAGUAAAAUAAACAAUGUGGCAGUCAUAUGGUGAAUUACGCUCUGAGGGAGGAUUCACAGGCAGAUCAUGCAGGCUCAGCUCAACAAAGCAAUUUCUACAUGCAGGUUUUUUGUGUGUGUAAUUGGGUAAUGCAUGCUGGUCGAGGUACAGAGCGUCCAUUUCACAGUGCCAAGUAACAGCAGUUUAUUUAAAACCCCACUGACACCACACUGACAGUCUUCUCCUCUUGCGCAAUUAUGUGUUCAAUUGUGCAAUUACCCUCUAUGAUUACAUUCUAUGAAAGCACAGUGCGUCCGGCUUGUGUUUCCGUAUUUUUG